AUGUCGUCUCUAGGGGGCAAGGUGGCCGUGGUCAGUGGCUCAUCGCUUGGAAUCGGGGCGGCCGUCAUCCGAGAGCUCUCAAAGCGUGGUGCCAAAGUCGUGAUCAACUACCCAAACGCACGCGAAGAGAGAAACGCCAUCAAACUUCAGCAAAGCCUUCCUAACGAGGCCAUCCUUGUGGAAGCAGAUCUAUCGACGCUCGAAGGAGCCCGCAAGCUAGCCGACACCGCAGCCGCUGAAUUUGGCAAGAUCGAUAUCUUGGUCAACAAUGCCGGUAUCAAUAUCGCUUUACCUCUCGAUGACCCCGAUGACACGAAAUUUGACGAGAUCUGGGACCGAAUUGUCAAUCUCAACGGCAAGGGGACUGCCAGGCUCACCCGGGCGGUACUGAAACACCUCUCACCUUCCAACUCCCGCAUCGUCAACAUCGGCAGUGGGGUGUCUCACAGUGCCGACCCAGGGCAGGGGAUCUACGCGGGGUCCAAGGGCAUGAUCGAAUCUCUUACAAGAGUGUGGGCGAAGGAGCUUCCGCGUAAGUACGGCUGUACCGUCAACCUGGUGGCACCCGGCCCUGUCGCGACGGAAGGAUUUCUAGCGGCGCCGGCAGAGAUGACACUGGCGCUACAACCCAUGUUGGAUGCGACUCCAGUGGCUUCUCGCGCCGGCUCGCCGGCUGAGGUUGCUUAUGCUGUAGCCAUCUUAUGCGAAGUUGAAGCUGGCUGGAUUAAUGGGGUCUACUUACCCGUCACCGGUGGAUCUGUAGUACUGUAG